UGCAGUCUCCUGGACAUGGCUGACGACGGCGGCUGGAGGCCGCCGCGCCCCUGCGAGGCCUACCGCGCGGAAUGGAAACUCUGCCGCAGCGCCAGACACUUUCUGCACCACUACUACGUCCACGGAGAGCGGCCGGCCUGCGAGCAGUGGCGUCGCGACCUGAUGAGCUGCCGAGACUGGGAGGAGCGCCGGAGCGCGGACGCCCAGCGGUCCCUCUGUGAGAGUGAACGUGCAAGAGUCCAGGCUGCACAGAAGCACUCCCUGGUGUGGACCCCAAGGCAGAGCCCUCCUACAGACUGGCACCUCCCUCUGCAGGAGGAGAAAGACAAGUGAUGAGGCCCUGCACAAUCUCCUCUGGUCAGUUCCAAGUGUGAUCGAUCCUAAGGACUCUUAACUGGCACAGUCUAUGGACCCCUGAGAGCUGCUUGGCUCAUAACAUGGUACCCGCCUUCUGCAGCCCUCUUUUCCCACCCCUCACACUGGUGUAGGGGUGCCCUAUUCUGCUACAAUCAUAAAGAUAGUUGUGCCCACCACACCAUUUCCAGGAAGCCAGCUCUCUGAGCCUCUAGGUCAGGCAGGUUUACAAUCCAACCCACCCCCCGAGGCCGGGGACAACAGCACAAAAAAUGGUUGCCCUGAGGCCUAGAAUUCCAAGUAAUCUUUUGAGUGGUGACCAUGAGCUGUGUGGACAUAUGACAGGGCAGAAUAAGGUAGCUAAGUGGUUGUGCUACAAUGGCUGGCUUUCCUGGCCCUUGGUGAUGAUCAUGCAAUGCCAGUUCACAGUUGGCAGAGUCCCAUGACAGUUCCUCUGUGUCCAGGCAGCCUCUGGACCUGCAUAUUGCAUUGCUUCACUUCACAAUAGGCCCCUUGGAAACUAUAGUUUUUAAAUGCACACAGCUACACAAUAUGCAAGUUUGCAUAACAUGGAUUCCUGACUUAAGAAACAAAUACAAGUCACAUGGAAUUUUGAUCUCCUUCCCUCAACAUUUUCCUGGUUGUUUUUU